AUGGGGUCGAGUGUUGCUAUGCAAGCUGUGUACAACCAACCAGACACCCAGGCCACUCGAGCUGCAAGAGAGGCAGAGAAGAACGCCAAAUGCCUCAAGCUUAGCCAGGUCCUCGUGUGGAAUCCAGGAAGCCAUUUGUGCCACAUAGACAUUGUCCACCAGCAGGAAAGCCAGAGCAGGAUCACCGAGGGCAGCUUCAAUCAGCAAACCACAGACUUCGCGAAAAGCAUCGCGGAGCUCUUCUUCAUCCAGCUUGGUACAGCAGAACCCAAUCACCACACAAUUCCGCCCCAGAAGCACAGCAUCCACCUCGCUCCCCGCAACUACUCGGAGUUCGGGUUUGUUUUGUAA